UUUGCAGUUAACGGGACAGAGAGCAGCCCCUCCGUACGUGUAUCGCUGCCUUUGAAGCCGAAGACUGAGCCAAGCUGGUUCUACGCCAAGCGGUUCUCGGAAACUACAUGGCUGAGGUUUUUAUCAAGAGACACCAAGCAGGUCUUCCACUCUCAGCUCUCUAACUGCAAAAGCUGGAGGCCCUUCCCUGACAUGGGCAGAGCCGCCUAGCGCCUGCGUGCGCGUGUGCCAUGAACGACGCCAAGAGCAACCGGGAGCUGUACCAGCAGUACACGGCCAUGGCCCCCAGGCUGUUGGCCCACAUCACCAAGCUCCUCAUGGUCUGCCGGCACUCGGGCAUCGCUGUCCCCAAGGGCAUCAGGAACAUCUUCGAGUUUACCUGGGAGGAGCUCAUUACCGACCCCUCGCUGCCUACGCCGUCUGACAUCCUGGGCCUGGAGAUCAGCAUCGGGUGUCCCCCCGUGGUGGCCGUGGAGACCACCGCCCCCGCGCAGGCCCUCGCCCAGAAGAAGCCGCCCGCAGCCGCACUGCCUCCUCCUCCGCCCGCAGUGCUGGCAGCCACCGGCGCGGGCAGGCACACCAGCCCCUCUCCCCCCCAGCCCCGGCCGGUGCCCAACGGCCAGGAGGUCCUGCAGAGGUUCCAGCGGCAGUCCAUCCACCUGCUGACGGAGCUGCUCGCCCUGAAGAUGAAGGCCAUGGUGGAGUCCGCCGCCGGUGCAAACCCCCUGGACAUUACCAGGCGCUUCGUGGAGGCCAGCCAGCUCCUCCACCUCAAUGCCAAGGAGAUGGCCUUUGACUACCUGCUGGGCACAGUCAGCAGAAGUGGCUACGGCGGGCAGACUGAGAAAGAGUUCCCUCCAGGUGUCUCCGCCAUGGGCGUGAACUCCCCGUACCAGCUGAUCUAUCAGUCCUCCACGGCCUGUCUGAGCUUCUCGCUCUCAACCGGGAAGGACGCCAAGAAGAAGGCAGCUGCAGGCAAAAUGAAAAUGGUAGAAGACAUGAGCACGGCCUCACCCCUGCGGAGACCGGGCACCUCCACCUCGACCAGCGUAGAGCUCAGCGACCCCUGCCCCGAGGCCCGGGAGAAGCUGCAGGAGUUGUGCCGCUGCAUAGAAGCCGAAAGGACCUCGUGGAAAGGGAGGAACGUCUCCUACCCCAUGGUCUUACGCAACUACAGGACAAAGAUCCCCAUCCAUCCGGCGUCGGCCUCCAAAGGGGACUCGCACACGCCCAAUACCCAUCACUAUCAGGCUGUGGGUGCUCAGGCCCCCACCCCCACGGCCCACCCUCCGUUCCUCCACCGCUCGCAGUACCCCCGGCACUCUCAAGAGUCCAAGGUGCCCAAGAAGGCCAUCAAGUUGCACUACACCUUCGAUGACGGGUCCUCCUUCGUGUACUACCCCUCCGGAAACAUCGCCAUGUGUCAGAUCCCCACGUGCUGCAAAGGGCGAGCCAUCACCUGCCUCUUCAAUGACACACCCAGCUCCUCUUUACUGGCCCUGUUUAAUGCCGAAGGCCAGGGCUGUGUUCACUACAACCUAAAGACCCUCUGCCCGUACGUCUUAGUCCUGGACGAGGAGGGCGGGACCACCAAUGACCACAAGGGCUAUGUCGUCCACAAGUGGAGCUGGACUUCCAAGACAGACACGUUGCUGUCCCUGGAGUACAAGGUGAAUGAGCAAAUGAAGCUGACGGUGCUGGGCCAGGACUCCAUCGUGGUCACCUUCACCUCCCUGAAUGAGACGGUCACGCUCACCGUGUCGGCCAACAACUGUCCCCACGGCCCGGGGCAUGAUAAACGGCUGUCCCACAGAAUCAGCAGCAUGGACGACAAGGUGUCCAAGAUGACCCGUGCGCUGGCGGACAUCAAGAAGCGCUUCCAGAAGACCGUGUCGCAGUUCAUGAACUCUGUCCUGCUGGCCGCAGGUCUGUUCACCAUAGAGUACCCCGUCCUCAAGGAGGAGGCAGAGUUUAGUCGGCUCAAGGUGAAGCCCGGACCUCACCCCGAGCGAGGCCAAAAGCCAAGCUUAACGCUAGGAGAAACCCCAUCGCGGUCGCAGUCGGCCCGCCCCGAGUCGUCCACAGAAGAGAUUCUGCGGGAGGAGCUCGGAUCUGUGCCUGUGAGCCCCCCGCGGAGGAAGACCCUGCGAAGCCAGGCCAAAGCCACAGUCACAUCCAGAGGGAAGAGCCGCGAGGUGCGCAGCCCCACCCGGUGGGCGGCCUCGCCCUUCGACUGCCCGCUCGUGCUGCGCAGGCUCAUGUGCAAGGAGGACGUCCGCGCCGGCUGCAAGUGCGUGGUGAAGCCGCCCCUGGUCUCCGACGUGGAGCUGGAGCGCUUCCUGUCUGCGCCCCGAGACCCCAGCCAAGUGCUGGUGUUCGGGAUCAUCUCGGGCCAGAACCCCAUGGGCACCGCGCAGCUGCAGUGGCUGCUGGACACGCUGUACAGCCACCGGCAGCAGGGCCGCGCCUCGCCCUGCAUCCAGUGCCGGCGUGACCCCUACCGCCUGCUACGCUAUGACCUGAACAGCCCGCUGCAGAAGGAGCCGCCCCUGCUGGUGAAGAAGUACUGUGUGGUGCAGGGCAUGGUGCUGAUGUUUGCCGGGGGGCGGCUCCUCUUCGGGGGCUGUGUUCUGAAUGGCUACGGCUUCAGCAAGCAGAAUCUGCUGAAACAGAUCUUCCGGGCUCAGCAGGACUACAGACUGGGCUACUUCCUGCCGGACGACUACAAGUUCAGUGUCCCCACCGCCAUGCUGAGCCUGGAGGACCCGGAGUCAGCCAGGAGAGCCAUGCUGGAGGAUGUCCAGGUCCAGGAAAGCUUCUCCUCGCUGGGCCUGGGGGACAAGGCGGACAAGGAGUCCUUUCCUGAAGCUGAGAAGACAAAGCCGUUGGAGGUGGAGCUGCGUCCCCUGGACACCAUCAGGAGGGGCAGUAAGAAGCCGUCCACCGGCAGGAGACAGGCCGCCAAGAAAUGAUGCCCGCCCGCGGCCACAGAGGGCACGGCUACU